CAGCACACGCACUCCCACGCCUUUCCCCUCCUCUCACAGGUCCAUGACCUCUUUGCUGAGUGAGAACGAAGAGCGAUAUGUCUCCUCACCUGAGGGUGGCGAUAGAGAGAUGAGACACAGACCACACUCAGCACCACUGAGAUCUGUGUUUGGCAUCUCUGAGGACUCUGUCUUCGACAUGGUCCAGAGCGGCCAGUCGCAGGGUGACAUCGUACCGCCGCCCAAACGGAGUAGACAGGAGAAAUAAAGACCUAGCAAAAUGUCAACGGAUGGCAAGUUUAUGAUGGGUAUUGUCUAGUUGGUUAUAAACCUUCUCAACUCCAGAUUGGCUGAGCUAAUGCGAAGUGUCAGUCAGGGAACUCUAGUUCUGCUGACUGGAAGUAUCUCAGCAAGUCAACAGUUUGCCCAAGAGAUGCUAAGCAUGGUGACUUCUAAGAUGUAUUCCCAUGCCAUAGAGCAUAUUGCGCUCGGCCACAAGUCUCCCCUUGAGUUAGAGAGGGAGCUUGAGGCCAUCUUGGGUCCUCUGGCUGGACAGGUCAUAGUCAUCAUCAUAGAUAGCAUCAUCAAGGCUAAAGCCAACGGAGGAAAUGAGGGGAGAGCGUCCAGCCCCUUGACCUAUUUUCUAACUGCCAUUUCGGCAGAAAUACAAAGCCUAGUGGUUCACAGAUCGGCUAGCAGACCAUCCACCAGACUGUCCAACAACGACCCACUGCUGAACAUUUCCAAGUCAAAGGUCUUAAGAUCAGUUCUGCUCAAAAUGGCAGAGCUCUUUGGCCAAGGUCCAAGUGAAACCUGUCUAGUUCCACUAGUCCAGAGUCAGUCCAACAACUCAAUUUGCGACUGGACUGUGAAUGCAGGCACCAUUCAUCCAAGUACAUUUCUGUCCGACAACAGAGUGACAGAAGUGUCAUCCGAUGUUGUGGAUCUUGUACUUGAGUUUUUUUUGGAUAACAGGAUUUUUGGAUAACAGGAACCCGUCAAGGCCACAGAGUGCCUGCUCCCACAACUCAGCUAGUGGAGCAAUAGAUAUGAGAGCUCUUGCUGGGGACUUGGUCAGACAGGUGUCUGUCAAACUCAGCCCAUUUGUCUCUGAGAGUCAACUCUCCACCAUGUCCAUGACAGAUCUGUCAUCAUCUUUUUCUGACUCCACCUUGAAGCAGUUGUGUUCUCGCUCUGUUGUUGCUCUGGCAACUGCCUGUCAAGCAAUCAAAACAGAGCUCGAGAACCAGAGACCUACCAACCUGGCAGCCAGAGACCUACUAUCGUCUCUGGUAGAGACCAUUGAGGACAUGGAUAUCUCUGACAUCCUCCAGGGCCCGUCGGCCAUUUUGGAGGAGGCUGCUGUGAUAAAGCACCCAGAGAUGUCCACCUCGACAAUAUACAGAUCUCUGCUUCUCGACUCAUCUCUCGCCUCCUCUAAGAUGGUCACUGAGAGCAUUAUCUUCAACAACCCAUGCCCAUCAGAGGAGAAUGUGAGUAUUCAGAAGGAGCUCCCUGCUGAUAAAGUUGACAUCCUCCAUGGUCAACCAGUGGAGGAGUAUAUUGUCAAAGCUGAGCAAUGCAUCACUCAGGUCAUUCAGGAUGCAGCUUUGACAUAUACUGCUGCGCUGGAUAAAACCGACACUUGUGGGAAACUGUCGGAAAUCCUAUCUGUCCAUGUUUCCUCAGAGAAUAUUGAGGAGGCAUCCUCUGAUCUCUUUGGUGGAAUUAUUUCCGACCUGCAUGAGGUAUCUGAGGUCAAUAAGGCCUCCAUGCGUACGAAAUCAGGUCGCAAAAUGUUCUGGGUGGAAGUGAGUUCAGGUUCCCAGAAGAUUUAUACCAAAACCCUGGACAAACUAAGGAAGCUGUUCACCUCCCACCAUCUCACUGAGGGAAAAAAAUACUCCUGUGCAAAUCGAGCUUUCUGCAACUGGACUACUUGUAACUGAGGCCACUGUGCAGGAAUCUCCUGUAACUGAGGCCACUUUGGCAGUGUCUCCUGUACAGAAGACAGACAGUAAGACCCCUUCUAAGUCCCCAGCCUCAGCCUACCAGCUCACCCUCGACACCUGCACUAAAGGGGUAAUCAAACA